AUGUGUGAUUGACAAGUGUCCCUUUCAGUGUGUUGUUUAGUAACUUAAUACCUAAGUACAAGUGUGGUUGGUGGUCAGAGACGAAAUGAGGAAGAUCGAGAUCUAACAAGCUAUGGCACGUGUCUGCAGUGCACUUCAACAUGGUAGCCCUGGGCAUGGGCAUGGGGUAUCCCUCCUCCCUGCUGCCUGCCCUCAGGGCACCAGACUCCCCCAUCAAGCUUGAUCUGAACGCCGCUUCAUGGAUAUCGUCAUGUAUAGGCUUCUCCUCAAUACCUGGCUACAUCGUCAGCUCCUGGCUCAUGCACGCCUGGGGCCGGCGCGUGACGUGCCUGCUCAUGCAAGUGCCCGGCGUUCUUGGCUUGCUCUGCAUCUACUUCGCCAACGACUUCUACCUGCUCCUCCUGGGCAGGCUCCUCGGGGGAUUCACCGGCGGUGGCAAUGUAUCUCUAGGCUCUGUCGUCAUCGGAGAAUUCUCCAGCCCACAGAACAGAGGCAUGUUCCUCAAUCUCAAAACUGCCUCACUCUGCACUGGUAGCGCCAUUGUCCACGCUCUCGGCCACUUCUACCACUGGAGAACACUCGCGCUGAUGUGCACAGCGCCCUACAUCAUAUCCUUUGCCAUCAUCUGCACAUGGGUGGAGAGCCCCGCUUGGCUCGCCUCUAAAAAUAAAUUUCAAAAAAGCCAGGACGCUUUCUUGUUCCUGCGAGGUGAUAGUGACCAUUCUAGAAGAGAGAUCUCGGAUUUGAUCAGAACACAACGAAAUAAGACCCAGCAAAAAAAGAAGAAAGUCUGUCGAUUGGUUUUGGACUUCUUCAAGAAAUUUGGAAGAAAAGACUUUUAUAAGCCCGUAUUUAUUUUGACCGUCGGCUUUAUCCUGCUUGAAUUCAGCGGACGCCAUAUUUUUCCGGCGUAUGCUGCGGAUAUUAUUAACCAAAUUGCUGGAAAUAAGGAAGAGGCUUUCUACUACAAUCUAAUUAUAGAUAUUAUCAUCGCCUUGAGUGCUACCAUUUCUUCAAUUGUAGUCAAACUGAUGAGGCGAAGACUCGUGCUGUUCACAACUGGUUUUGCAUCUGUUAUUGUAGUUUUAUUAUUAUGUGUCUAUCUAUAUCUUAGUGCUGAGGGCAUAAUAUCUAAGGAAAGGUCUUGGGUGCCCAUUACAAUAUUCGUUUUGUACUUCAUUUUAGUAAAUCAGGGCAGUGCUCCGAUACCUAUGGCUUUGUUAGGGGAACUCUUGCCCUUGGAGCACAGAAGUGUGGGGUCUAGUGUCUCAGGAAUUACGAUAGCGCUUCUUCUUCAAUUUGGUUUAUCGGUAACUCCAUAUUUGAUGCAGUCCGUAAAAGUUUACGGUACAUUUGCAGUUUUUGCCGCCAUGUCAUCGGUGUGUCUAACUAUUCUUUACUUUGUAUUGCCUGAAACGAAGGAUAGAACUUUACUCGAAAUUGAAAAUUAUUUCAAAACUGGUAGAUUUGAUGAUAUUGAUGAGGACGAUGUAGAAACUAAGAAAAUGAUCUUAACUGAAACAAAGCAGUGAAAUCAACGAAAAGGGAAAUUAUACGAAAAUAUUUAGAGCAGCGAAAUCCCUUAAAUCUACUAUAUAAAAAUAAGUCG